AUGAGGUCCCCAUUCCUCAUCCUCACGCUCGUAGCGAGUCUCGCGACUUUUGCGUUCGCAUGGUCUAAAGAGGGUAUGUUAUCACCGGUGCUCUCCGUGGAUAGUGAACAGUUGUUGACACAUAUACCAGAUCACGAAAUCUUCCGCCUCCACGAUGAGAUCCAACUUCACGAGGGGAAGGAUACCACCUUCUAUGGUAAUCUUCCUCUCUUCUCCCCCCUUCCCCUACUCGAAUACCGAGCUAACCGAUCCCUCGUCGACCAGACUUCAUCGGCCUAAAGAAUGGCCCCUCAGCCUCCCAAUCCGACAUUACAAAAGCCUACAAGAAGAAAUCCAUCCGCAUGCACCCGGACAAACACAAGCCCAAGCCUCCGCCGGGCGUGACCUACACCCAGGCGCAACUCUCCGAGCUGCACAAGCAAGCCUCCGAACGCUUUGCUCGUUUCCGUCUCGUGGUCGCCGUUCUCACCGGCCCGGGACGCGAACGCUACGACCACUUCCUCAAGAACGGGUUUCCGAGAUGGCGCGGGACUGGGUAUUACUAUUCACGGUUCAGACCCGGCUUGGGGAGUGUGCUCACGGGGUUGUUCUUGUUCUCCGGGAUCAUGCAUUACGGCAUCCUCUGGUUGAAUUCGAGGCGCCAGAGAGAGUUUAUGCGCGAGUACAUCAAGAACGCUAGGACCACCGCAUGGGGCAAAGGCGGGAUUCCCGGGUUGAAUGAUGCCCUUGAAGCUGCCAUCCCCGAUGGUAGUAGUGGAGCAGCUACCGGCGCAGAGCAAAAGUUGAACAGAGCGGAGAGGCGCGCGGGCAAGGGAAAGGCUGUUAAGGAAUCCUCUAGAUCCGGCUCUGCAACCCCAUCAGCUCAACACACAACCAAGCGCCGGGUCCAAGCCGACAAUGGAAAGGUUCUUAUGGUGGAUAGUGCUGGAUCCGUCUAUCUCAUUGAGCAGGACGAGAAUGGGAAGGACGUCCACCUGAUGCUCGACCUCGACGAGAUUGAAGGCCCAAAGAUCAAGAACACUCUACUAGUUACAUUGCCCUUAUGGAUAUUCGACAGGACUGUCGGAAGACUCAUUCCCGGACGCAAUGCUGCUACUGACGGGGAUGAAGCGCACGACGGCGAGGAGGACGCAGACGAGGACGAGGAAGUCGUCACCAGCUCCGCCGGAGAAGAGGUCGUCAUCAAGAAAAUGGCCAAGAAGAAGAAGGGUGUUGCGAAAAAGGUGGAGAGGAGCGACGGUUUGCCCAGGAGGAAAACUGGGGCGAAGAGGCCGGCAAAGAAGUAGCUGUUCUUUUUAUCUUGAUGAGAGGGUUUCAUUUAUUUGCUUUCUUUUUUCCCGUCUAAAAUAAAAAUGGGUGCUUUGUAUCAGUUAGAAUGGCUUGUGCCUUUGCUUUGUGUCGUGAUAGGGGUGAGGAUUGUGUACUGGGUGAGUGGGGAUUUCUCGGAUGAUAUCAUACAGUACCUAUAGGGAGUAUGGAUAUAUUUAUCAUGAAUUCGCGAAUUGGCGGU